GAGGUGGAAGAAGCAUCUGGAUUUUUCGUAGAUUGGUAAGAUGAAUCUACGAACCGAGGCACAAACGAACCAUAGAACGAAGGGAGCUGAACAGCGACAUCUGUUGGAUAUAAAUCAGUGCAACCUGUAUGCAUGGUUUCGUGGUGUCGGAAGUGUUACAGUAAUAGCAAGCAGUACAGUUUUAAAAUAAAUUCAUUAAAGAUUUUCACUAAUAGUUUGUCGAAUUAAUUAGCUGUAGAAUAAGUGGUUUCGAUUUGUUUAAUGGAUCCAAACAUCGGUUGGUAUCAACCCGAGCAGUUCGGCCCCGCUAAGGACUUGUGGUUACACAUUUGGGAGGCUGAAAUUGCUGAAAAGGGACUCGAUACCUUGACACUAAAGAACGACAAUUCAUCGAACACGAUGGGUAAUAAAGUGCAGCAAGAUUACAUAUCAUUAGAUUCGGUGUCUAGUCGUGUUGGAGAGGACCGUUUAGCUACGCGAGUGCAACAUAAUACCUGUAAUAAUUAUUACAAUCCAUCGAGAAGGAAAGGCGACAACCGCGCUAGUACUUAUGGCAUGAACUACAAUCAUAAUGCUCUCAUCGGCGAAUACGGCGGAUGUCCCUGGCGUCAGCUGAACAAGCAUUACUCCAAGGGGGUACUUGGCCUCCACGAAGAGAUUGAGGACUUCUAUUCUUACAUGUGCCCUUCCAUGGAAGAGCACAAACUUCGUAUACGUGUUGUGAAAAGAAUAGAAGAGGUAAUUCAUGAUCUGUGGCCAAAUUCAAAUGUCGAAGUUUUCGGAAGCUUCCCUACCGGACUUUACCUACCUACUAGUGACAUUGACCUAGUGGUAAUAGGCGUAUGGAAAAUGCUUCCACUUCACACUCUAGAAAGAGCUUUAUUGGAUCGCAACAUAGCCGAACCAGCUUCCAUAAAAGUUCUGGAUAAAGCUAGUGUACCAAUAGUAAAGCUAACAGACAAAGAAACCGAGAUCAAGGUGGACAUUAGUUUCAAUAUGAACAAUGGCGUUAAAUCCGUAGACCUGAUCAAGCUAUACAAACGCCGAUUCCCCGUACUUGACAAGCUCGUGAUGGUUUUGAAACAAUUUUUAUUGCAAAGAGAUCUCAAUGAAGUAUUCACUGGCGGCAUUUCAUCCUACAGUCUUAUUCUAAUGACAAUUAGUUUUUUGCAGCUACACCCUAGACAGAAUGCAUAUUGUCCGAAUGCUAAUUUGGGCGUGCUAUUAAUUGAAUUUCUGGAACUCUACGGUAGAAAAUUCAAUUAUGUUAAAACUGGUAUUAGAGUCAAAGAUGGUGGUACUUACAUAUCUAAGGAAGAGGUUCAACGUGACAUGAUCGACGGGCACAGACCUUCCUUACUAUGCAUCGAAGAUCCACUUACUCCUGGCAAUGACAUUGGUCGCAGUAGUUAUGGAGCUCUCUAUGUUAAAGAGGCUUUUGAUUGGGCAUAUUCAGUGCUAUCUCAAGCGGUUAGCCCUCUCAAUAUACUGGUAAAUGAUGCAAACAAAGUAAGUAUACUGGGCAGAAUAAUUCGAGUCACAGACGAAGUGAUUGACUAUCGUAAAUGGAUCAAAGCAACAUUCCCACUGCCUCUUGGCGAAAUGGACUCUCUUUCAAGUUCUACAGGUUCAGAUGCAUCGACCCUUUCCGCCCCUGCUAGUGAUACGGAUUCCGAAUGCAGUCGUGGCAACUCUCCCAAUAACACAGAUGGCAAAACUGAAGAAAGAAACGAGGAUAAUCAUGCAUGUGAUAACCAGCUAACUCAUCACCGUCAGCCAAAGAAACACUACAAACCUAAUGCACACGUUAAUCAGCACAACUCAAGGGGAAAUUAUCAGCACGGAGGAAAUCAUUAUACGACUGGUAAGAACAAAGCGAAAAAUCCCCUGUACAACAACAACAACAACAGCAGCAACAAUAACAGUGGGAGCCAAAGUCCGAAUUCAAGAACAGUUACAAUGAAACGCAAAAAGUCCCAACUGACAAGGCGUGGGCCUGGGAAUGAUUGUGUGCGGUGAUAAAAUAUACCCCGUGUUUCAGUGUGUUAAAUUUGUUUCUCUAAAAACCGCAGUAAUUUUCCAUAAUAAUAUGUCAAAGUUACUGUGUGAUUGACCCUAGCAAUAUCGAAUACAGUCCAAAAUUUAGGUCGAUACCUAAUUAACAUUGUACUGCAGCACUUGCGUUUUAUAAUUUAUUUAUCUGUUGUCUUUUUUUUUCAAUGUUUCGUGUCAAUGACGGCUUCAAUUUAGGUCUAAGCAUUUGGCGAGCUGUUUAAUUUGUCCGGAUUAUAUGACACAGUUAAAUUUACUGAAUCAAUUGACAUUUUGUCCGUAAAAUCGAUCGAGUGAAGAUAAAUAUUUUAUUAUUAAGAUUUAAGAACGAAACUUUUUAUUCACAACUAUACAAUAUGAGGAAUGUUAUUAUUCAUCAUGGAUGAUUUUGGUUUUCUUUUUUUUUUUUUAUACCGUGAAUUAUGAUUGACAAAAUUUGUACUCUGAUUGAUAGAUAGGGUUUCUAAGUAACAUCGCACAGUUCAUUUUUAUCACAUUUAAAUAGUAUUAUUAUGCUCUUACUAUGAUGUAAUUACUAAUCGUAUCUACAAAGUCACAAAACAGUUUACAUGAAAUUCAUUAUUGCGACUUUGAGCAGUAGAAAUGCUUUUAUCAUUACUCUUGUCUUUGGCUUAGGGUUUCACAAUUAUAGGACAUUAUUCAUUUGUGUAGUUACAACAAAGACUUAGUUUUCUAUAUGAAACUAUAUUCUUAUAAUACAAUUGAAAAAAAAUUAAAUAAAAAAAAAAAUCAAAUACAAUGAAAACACAAAAAAAAAAAAAAUAAUAGGUAGAAAACUAAAAAAAAGAAAAGAAAAAUUGGUGAUAAUGGGGAACGCCCACUGUAAAUAUUGUAAUAUACUCAUAAUACAAUGAAUUUUUGAAGAUGAGUGUAACGUUAUCUAGUACAUAUUUUAAUUUGUGUGUGUUAAACACGGUUUUCCUACAAACAUUUAGAUAUCAUCCUUCAUAUGGAUGCUAUCCAUAUUUAUAAAGAAAUUCCAAUAGGCCCUUUUUGUAAAAUACUUACCUAUAUAUCAUUUCCUUAUACCGACAAAGUAGUGUGUACAAAUAUAGCAGUGUGUAAUAAGUAACAAAAAUAUGUAAAUUUAUAUGUAUGAAUAGGUGUGAAAGAUUGUUUUUUUUUUCGAACGAAUGAGCCUGAUAGUGAUUAAUACUGCUGUAUAACUUAUUGUUAUUUGUACAAACUUAUGAGAGACUGCAUACGUAAAGUUAAACGGUCUUUGUGAGAUAUCAAUUUAUUUAUAUACAAUACUGUAUCAUAAUCUCAAGUACAAACAUAUAGUUCAUUACGUUUCAUAAUAAAAUGGAAAAAGCUCGAGCCUAAAA